GCAGCGUCCUCGACGAGUGGGAAGGAGCGAGAGCAUGGUCAGCCUGCGCGGCUUGAGCCUGUGGGCGCUGCUGGCGCUGGCGUCGCCCGCCGCCGGCUCCCCUCGAGAGGGGCUCCUCUUCCCCUUCGGCUCGGAGCGGGGGGACGCUGAGCUGCAGCCCGGAGACGACGAGAGCUCCCCGCCCUUAGAGCUCAGCACGCCGCUGCGCUUCUACGGCUCUAUUGUCAACUCCCUCUAUGUUCUUACUAAUGGCAUCAUUGCAGUGAGUGAACCAUUAAGAGAAGCAGAUUAUCUUGGUGAAUUUCCUCUCAGUUUUGGAGGUAUUGCUCCUUUCUAUGCUGAUUUGGAUACGACAGGUGGUCAUGGAAAGAUAUAUUAUAGAGAAGAUUCAUCUCCUGAUAUUCUUCAGCUUGCAGCCAAGUUUAUUAGAAGGGGCUUCCCAGAGACUGCCUUUGACCCAAGCAAGGUCAUAAUUGCUACUUGGGUUUCUGUGGCACCGUAUGCAAGACCUGGAGAAGAUGCUGCUUUACAGGCGAAGAGAAACACUUUCCAGGCUGUUUUAGCAUAUUCUGAUUCCAGUUCCUAUGCAAUUUUCCUUUAUCCGGAAGAUGGUUUACAGUUCUAUAGUACACAUUCAAAAAUUGACAAUGAAGUUGUCCCAGCUAUUGUUGGCUUUAGUCAGCCUGCUACAAAUUACUACUUAUGGGUAAAAGCUGGAUCCUACAGUAUAAUUGCUAAUGAUGAAGAGAUCCUUCGGAAUCUGCAUCGGAGCAGCAACUUGGGAAAACAAGGAGUCUGGGCAUUCGAGAUUGGUGGUUCAGAUAAUAUCCUGUCAGCCAAAGUCACUCAGACUCCUGCCAAUACAGAAUAUGGAGACUAUGACCAAUUCCAGGAAGUAACUACAGACCCCUCCUUAUCACAUCAAGAUUCCAUUGAGAAAACCCAGACAGGAGUAUCUUACGAUAUUUCUAGCAGAGGAGAUAGCUUACAUACUAGCUAUGAGUUACCUCAGUCAGCAGCAGACCGUUUUGAGUCUCCAUACCAAGCUUUAACAGAACGUUCUCCAGCUGAACCUCCACUUCCAACAGGGAAAAGUCCACCUCUCCGUUUUCCAGGCCAGCAAUUUCCCCAGCAGCGCACUCAGAUUAUUGAUGUGGAAGAAGUUGAUGACACUGGAGUUGUGUUUUUUUAUAAUACGGACAUCCAGCAAAGCUGUGCAAACAACCGCCAUCAGUGUUCCAUUCAUGCUGUUUGCAAGGACUAUCCAAAUGGCUUUUGUUGCAGUUGUGUUGCUGGCUACAAAGGAAAUGGCAAGCAAUGUGUAGCAGAAGGUUCUCCUCAGCGAGUUAAUGGGAAAGUCAAAGGACGGAUCUUUGUUGGAAACAACCCAGAGCCAAUUGUGUUUGAGAACACUGACCUCCAUUCAUAUGUGGUGAUGAACCAUGGGCGUGCGUAUACUGCUAUCAGCACAAUUCCAGAAAAGUUGGGUUUCUCCUUACUUCCUCUUGCUUCCAUCGGUGGUAUCAUUGGAUGGAUGUUUGCUGUGGAACAGCAAGGGUAUAAAAACGGAUUCAGUGCUACUGGUGGUGAGUUUACAAGACAAGCUGAAGUUACAUUUCUCAACAGCAAUGAAAAGGUGACAAUUAAGCAGAAGUUCAGUGGAAUUGAUGAACAUGGGCAUCUGACAAUCAACACAGAACUUGAGGGCAAAGUGCCUGAAAUCCCAUUUGGAUCUUCUGUACAUAUAGAGCCCUACACAGAACUCUACCACUCUUCGAGUUCUGUUAUCACAUCUUCAUCUACCAGGGAGUAUACUGUGACAGAACCAGAAAGAGAUGGGGUGUCUCCAACUUACACAGUUACCUACCAAUGGCGACAGACAAUCACAUUUGAGGAGUGCAUUCAUGAUGACUCUCACCAUUCCAUUUCAGCCACUCAGCAACUGUCAGUGGACAGCGUUUUUGUCUUGUAUAAUAAAGAUGAACAGAUUUUGCGAUAUGCCAUGAGCAACUCAAUUGGCCCAAUUGAUGGUUCAGGUGACAGGAGCCGCAAUCCUUGCUACACGGGUACCCAUGGCUGUGACACUAAUGCGGUAUGUCGUCCAGGAACAGGUGAUCAGUUCACCUGUGAAUGCUCAGUGGGCUUCCGAGGGGAUGGACAUGCAUGCUAUGAUAUAGAUGAAUGUCUGGAGCAACCCACAGUAUGCGGCAACAAUGCUGCCUGUAAUAACCAGCCAGGAACUUUUCGAUGUGAGUGCCUAGAGGGAUAUCAGUUUGCAGCUGAUGGACGAACAUGUGUGGCUAUUGAACAUGCAGUCAACCAUUGUGCAGCAGGCACACACACAUGUGACAUCCCUCAGCGUGCCCGCUGCAUAUACUCUGGUGGCUCAUCGUACAUCUGUGCAUGUCUGCCGGGCUUCUCUGGAGAUGGGCAUUCCUGCAUGGAUAUAGAUGAAUGCCGCCUGGACCACUGUCAUUCUGAUGCUUUCUGCUUUAACACACCAGGGUCCUUCAUCUGUCAGUGUAAGGCAGGUUAUCAGGGGGAUGGUUUCCAGUGUGUGCCAGGAGAAUUAGAGAAGACAAAAUGUCAGCAAGAACGAGAACAAAUAUUGGCUCUUAAUUCAAGAGGACCCAGGCCACUUGGCCAGUUCAUUCCUGAGUGUGAUGUCUAUGGGAAUUAUUUACCCACCCAGUGCCAUGGAAGUACUGGAUAUUGCUGGUGUGUAGACAAAGAUGGUAAUGAGAUUGAUGGCACCAGAAGUGGCCCAGGAAUCCAACCACCCUGUUUGGGGACAGUUGCUCCGCCUGUUGUAGUUGGACCCUCCGUAAAACCAGAUACAAUUCCUCUGCCUCCAGGAACACACUUACUCAUUGCUCAGAGUGGAAAGAUUGACCAUGUUCCUUUGGAAGGGAAUGAUAUGAAGAAAUCGGAUGCAAAAGCUUUGCUAUACGUGCCAGAUAAAGUUGUUAUUGGAGUUGCUUAUGACUGCUUGGAGAAGAUGGUGUAUUGGACAGACAUCAGCAGCCCAUCCAUCAGCCGAGCAAGCCUGGGAGGAGGAGAGCCAGCUUUCAUCAUAAAAACAGAUUUGGAAAGUCCUGAAGGAAUAGCUCUUGAUCACCUUGGGCGCACCCUCUUUUGGACAGAUUCUCAGCUUGACAGAAUAGAGGUAGCGAGACUAGAUGGCAGCCAGCGCCGAGUGCUCUUCGACACUGACCUCGUGAACCCCCGAGCCAUUGUGGCCGAUCCCAUGAGAGGAAAUAUUUAUUGGACAGAUUGGAACAGAGAGGCUCCAAAAAUAGAAACUUCAUACAUGGAUGGUACAAAUAGAAGAAUUCUUGUCAACGAUGAUUUGGGACUACCAAAUGGGCUGACAUUUGAUCCUCACUCUUCAUUAUUGUGCUGGGUAGAUGCAGGCACCAAACGGGUUGAAUGCAUAGAUCCCAAUCAGCUUAGUCGGAGAAGGAUCCUUGAAGGAAUCCAGUAUCCUUUCAGCAUUACAAGCUAUGGGAAGAAUUUGUUUUACACAGACUGGAGGAGAGAUGCAGUGGUAGCAGUGGAUCGCACAAUCUCACAGGAAAAUGAUAACUUCCAGCCCCACAAGCGCACUCGACUUUAUGGAAUAACUACAGCCUUGGCUCAGUGUCCACAAGGUCAUAACUAUUGUUCAGUAAAUAAUGGAGGUUGCACCCAUCUAUGCCUGGCUACUCCAGGGGGCCGUUCUUGCCGGUGUCCAGACAAUACCAUCGGAGUGGAUUGUAUAGAAAGAAACUAAGAGCUACAGCCUGGAACAUGUUGAGGCAGCUGCCACUUUUUUGAAAUGCACCAUCAGUAACUAGUUAAAUGGCCAGUCAUAUACAAGGAAAGGUCCCAAAGAUAAAAAUUCCAUGCUCCCUGCAGCUAGAAGCCACACAACGCACAUGUUAGAACAGCAGUGCCUACACAAUGGAAAGCUGGUUGAUCAUUGUAGUCUUCCCUCUGCCUCCUCCCUUUUUUUUUAAAUUGGAAAGUCUAGUGAUCAGCUGUACCUAUGCUGGUCAGAUAUCACCUAGUCAGUGCGUUAAACAAAUUAUAGCAUGGGAGGGUUGAUAAGGACAAGUCAUCAGGAUCUUAGACAUUCAUGAUGACUUGAUGACAGUAUUUUGACAAUCACUUUACAAAUUAACUUUCUAUAUCCCAACAUCAGUACAGCUUAGUUGCAAAAACAUCUGAAUGCUGAGCAGUAAAGCUGAGUAAAAGUUGAAAUAUCAAAUGUAAGAGCAUAUUUGCAAUAACAACCAGCAACUUAAGUGAAGGGAAUCUCACAUUCAAUGGAUUCUUGUUCCAGAGGUUUUAAGAACCACAGCCACUAUUCCUUCAGACUUUUGAAAGCUGGCAAUAUGAUAUAAUUGGAAUGCUUCAUUAAAAAGGAUUAAAGCAAUUUCAUGGUAGAAAUUGUUGGCCUGUCUGUACAGCACUAACUGUCUUCUCAGUAAUGUUUUACUGGGUAUUUUCAUUUUUUCAAUGUAUUUUCCAAAAGAUGUUUAUGGGGGUGGACAGAGACGUGUGUGAUGCAUUUAUACUGGUCUAGUUCCUCUGAUUCAGUAAUUAGCACCAGGAUAAACUAUUACUAAAUCAUCUUUCUCUGCCCCUUUGAUUUGAAAAACAGCAGGAAUUUGAAUUUGCCAUGAGCAAAUGGCAAGAUGGUGAAACAAUCCAUCAGGUAGCCAAAACGUAAGUCAUAGGACUUUAUGCUGUUACUUCUUUGAUAUGUAGGAAAAACCAGGGGCCUAUUCUGUGCCAGUUGCUGUCAAGCACAUUGCUUCCCCAUUGGAAUUAGCAAAGUAUGCUGAAUAAACCAGAGAAAGGUUUUAAAUGCAUUCCCAAAUUAUUUUGCUAAUGCAAUUUUUAGGGGCCUCAUUUGUGCUGGUAAAUUACACCCACAGUAGAACAAACAACAAACAUCUGUAGUGAUUAUAUUUUACAAUGCAGUGAUUUAAUUAAAAAACAAAAUGUUUAGAUUCCAGGAAGCAUUCCUUGCCAGGCUAAAAUUUCGUUAGAGCAGAGCCAGUUCUGAGCCUUUAGCUCUUUGGCAACUUUUGCAUAUUUAUCAUUAAAAUAUCAAAUGCUAUAUUAAAUGUUUUAAUAUUUGUAUAAUGCUUGUAUAACUUUAAUGCAUUUAAUUCUAACACUUUAAUUUUAAUAGAUAUGUUUGAAGACCUGUAAAUAUCAAAAACUGUGCUGAAACAAACCAAAGGUGCUUUUAAUUAAGUUCUUCCAGUGUUAUUUCAAUUUCAGGUAACUACACAAAAAAGUUUACAUGCUGUAUCACUGAUUGCAGCACUGCCAAUAAAAGAAUUGUUUUGAUUUUGUAAAAAAAGUUUUUGUACCUACAGCAUUGUGGUAUUUUACCUGUACAACCAUCUGUAUUUGUGUUCACAUAUAGAUCAGUUUUCUGAGCACAGGUGCCAAUUAAUAUGUACUUCUAACAAGCACAAGCAGAGUCUUUAAAAGACAGGCUAGGAAAAUGGUUUAUGUGCAGCAGUCCUGGAGAAAUUAGGACUGUUAUCCAGAACAGUGCUCAGAAUCUGUUCAACUAAAAUAUGUCAGUGUAUACAAACAGAACUGCUGGCAGCAAUCCUUAGCUCUGUCCCAAAUAAUGUACAGACUAGUCCAAAAAGAAAUUGUGAAAGCUUAGUUCUACCAGGGACUAUGCAGAUAUGGAGCUGGGCAGAAACAAAGUUAUUGACCCACAUACUGUAUCAUGUUGCUCCAUUUUUCUAUGCUGUAGACCUGCCUCUCCCAGCUUAGUGCCCUCCACAUAUUUUGGGCUGUAAUUCCCAGAAUUCCUGGCCAUUGACCAUGCUGGGUGGGGUUGAUGGGAGUUGAAGUUCAGAACUUCUGGAGGGCACCAGGCUAUGGAAGGCUGUAGCAGAUCAUGGCUGAACUACAGUUAUUGAAAGUAUGGGGAAAGAGAUGUGAACUCUGUCAAGCUAUGGGAAGGGUGAAUAGAUUUAUUCCCUGCAUACAGAACAAAUUGUGCUGUCCUAGCUUAAUGAUUUUUAAAGAGCAUUGAUGAGAGCAAGAAAGAGGAAAUGCCUCAAUUCUCUGUGGACUCUGCAGUGUUUCUAAUGAGGCUGUGCUCUGUCCAGAGCCCAAGUGCUUUGUAAGGAAAUUGGUUCAUUCUUCACUAGUGAGCCUGAGUGCAGUUCAAUUAGGUAGAUCAGGGUCUGUGUCCUAAGGAUAAUCCCAGAACUUUGCCAUUCUGUAAACCAGUAUUAGAUGCAGUAAACUCUUCAGUAUUUCUGCAACGGUAAAGGGUAUAUCCCAAGUCUCUGCCUUUCUUGACUUGGAGGAUCAUCAAGACUAGUUGCUGAUGUUAAAAAUAUUAUCAAAACCCUCAUGAGAUGAGAGCCCUUCAGUAUGUGAGAGAACAGGAAUUAUUUCCAAUGUAUUAACUGUUGCACAUUGAUCCUUCCAGCCAAGGUAAGAAGCACCAUGCCAUCAUCCUCUUAAGGCAGAGUUGGGAAAUGUGGCCCCCCAGAUGAUAUUACAUUCCAGCUCCCAUAAGCACUUCCUGUGUAACUGAUGGUCAGGGAUGAUAAGAACUGUAGUUCUACUUUUAAUCCAGAGUGUGUCAGGGUGUAACUGGAGCUAAAGCCAUUGCAGAGGCACCAGCCCCUCUGGGGGUGUUUUUUAUGGGUGCAACGGCCUGUGUCACAAAAACACCCCACAGACAGCUUUGCAGAUCAGCCAUCUGAGGCCAUGUUUUGUUCUUUUACUAGAUAGUACAAAUUCAAAUGAACUCUGAGUGCCAUAGCAGUGUUUGCCCUGUUUUACAAGAAUUCUGAAGCAGCUCAGGCUGAGGGAUCAUGGCGUACCAAAUACUGCACAGUGAAUUUCAUAGCUUGGAGGAUAUAGUUGCUGAAAUUAGUGCUCUACAAUUCUGGCUUUCAUUGAGUAAUGUCUGAGGUCUGAUCUCACAUGUUACUAGAGCCACGAAGAAACUAUUUCACAUGGAUAUGAGCGUCAUGCUACUCUGGGAAGAUCUAGGAAGGAGCCACACAAAUUGAGUAAUGACAUGUUCCCUCCGAUUCCAUUGGUGCCACUACCUGCACUGUGUACAAUGCCAUGAUACUUGGCUAGCCAUAUGCUUUUCUACAAACAUAAAGGAAUAAUCAUGGGAUAUAGGACUGGACCAUGGUAUAAUGAUGUUCAUGCCCAAGUCUUACUGGGACUAAGAGUCUUACUGUAAGACUUGAAGAAUAAGGAAAUGAAUGCUUAGAUAAGGUUUGGCGAAAAUCAUAAUAUCUGCAAACCUUACAGUUUGGGCUCAGUAUACCCUGACAAAUACUGCCUUCCAUAUCUUAUGCCCUGCUUAUUCGGGUGUACAGGAGAGACACUACUCUGUUCUCUGUCUUCUAUAACUGUGAAAAAUCUGACGUCAUGAAACUCUGCCGUUUCUAUGGCAGCACCCAUGGGAUACACUCCUGUUGGAAGUACCUUGAGCCACCUCUCCGAGGGUGUUUUUUCAACUAGUAAUCAAAACCUAGCUGUUCAGGGAAGAGUUUGAUGCUAGGUGAUUUGUGACUAGAGUUGAAUUUUUGCCAUUUGCUAUUGUCUUUCAGGAUAUUCUUCCAGCUGUAUUUUAUAUGUGCAAGGGUUUUUGAACUUUUUUCCCUGGUCCAAAUUACCUUGCCUCUUGGUACGCUGUGUACCACUUCAGAUGCAACUUAAUCAGCCAAACAGGCAGCAUAUAAAUGUAUGUAAGAAUGAAUGAAUAAAAUAAAUGUGCUGGCCCUGUAUUGUUACAGUGAAAUAGAUAGAUACAAUUGGUUAAUGUGAAAAUCUCCUUAAAUCUUAACAAUCUAAGCAAAUCUUAGCUUGCAACAGGCUAUAUUGGUAUUUAGUAAAUCUCAAAUUUCAGAAUGAUUGAAAAUUGCGCAAGGAAAAUAUGGAAGUAUCUAAAAGGCUAUGAAAAUGUUGGAUGGUCUCUUCCAAGUGCAUUGUGGAAAUACUUAGCAAUAAACAUUGACUGUGCUAUAUUAA